UUCUAGCUUAUCCUAUUGCUAGCCUACGAUUAAGGUAUGUGAAAAUAUUUCGCAGCCAAUUUUAAUAUGUAUUUUAGCACUAACGUUCUCUUUUUGCCGUCACUGUAAACCAAAAUCUCUGUCCGGCAAAACAUUUUAAGGGGGUUUUAAUAUGGGGUAUCCCCCAUAAAGGAUGCAAAACCAGUAUGAAAAUUUGGUAAAUUUUUGGUUGUUAUUCUAAUCAAAUGAAAAUGUUAUGAGAAAAUUGGACAGAGUAGCAAAGAGGGCGAUUUCCCCAAUCAAUCCUUAUUUAGUCAAGUCACUGCCAAAGGUCCGUCUACUUAACCGCUUCUUUUAUUUUCAUGUAAGCAUGGCGAUUAUGUUUCGAAUUACCCAUUAUAACACAUGCGUAUUCAUUUGUAUCCAAUGUAUUAGCUGCACCUUGCUGUUAAAAAUGUUCCCCACCCAAUCUAAAGUAAUUUUUAUCACACACUAAUUGAUUUUUGUUUCAAGUAUAUUGUUGACUAUCUUGAAUCAAAAUUUCUUUAAUUUAUUAUUCCUCACAACCACAAAAAUUUCAACCAAAGCAUGUAUAUCACAUAAAAUUUAUUUUUACUGCCUGUUUUUUGUAACAUUUGCUCGUUUAGCUAAUAAUUUGGAAGUUUCUCUUAAUCAUGAUGUAGAUAAAAUAUACCUUAAUAAUCGAGAAUGAGCCACAAGACUCUAUAUCAAAUGUGAUCGGCUUUUAUACAAUUAACUGAGGUCGGUAAUUGCGGUUCGGAUUUUACAUAAAAAGCGGGUACAACUCCGUGUUCAGCAGUCACCACAGCGUUGUUUUCAGUAGUGGCAAAGAAGACAAUUCAAGUGAAACCAAUCAUGAGGGCCUUGGUGCUAUGCUGUUUGUUGUUUGGCAUCGCCACUGCAAUGUAUAUUGACAAUGAAAACGAUGCAGAAAAAGAUCCAGGAUACCGAUACGGACAUGGGUACAGGGUGAAGGUCAUCAAGGGACCUCCCGGCCCACCCGGACCACCGGGACCACCCGGGCCAGUCGGACCACCUGGUCCACCUGGAAGAAAAGGUCCAAAAGGACCGCCAGGGAGACCAGGCAAGAAUGGACGCCCAGGAAGACCUGGAAGACCAGGAAAGAACGGACGACCAGGCCGCCCAGGAAAACGUGGAAGACCAGGACCCCCAGGUAGACGAGGUUAUCCAGGAAGGCCUGGAAAACCCGGGAGAAAGGGACAGCCAGGAAGAGACGGCAAACCAGGACCUAAAGGACCAAGGGGAUACCCUGGCCCACCUGGCAGACCAGGCAAGAAAUAUGGGAAGCCAUGGUACUAGAAUCUAUUUAGAGUUUGCAAAAAAGCACAAUUUUGACACUAAUACCUGAAAUGAGGACACUAAUUUUAUGACAAAAGUAAAACUACGGUUUCGUAGCAAUUACUUGAAUGAUUUCUAACUUUUCUCAAGUUUCAACUUUUGUUUGCUUAAUUUCUCUUGUGAUCCUGUCUAUUAUAAAACGCCACAGAUCCGUGUUUGAAAUUAAUAUAUCUACAGGGACAUCUUUCGAGCUCUUGCACUGUACCUUUUUGUUUAAUCGGCCCUGCCACUAUACAAGUGUGGCAAUCUAAUGUUAUUUAUGGUGGAUCAACGUUUUUAUGAUUAAAUGAUUCUUCGGCUUCCAGUACCAUCUGCAUAGCAUAAAUUAAGUGAAACAACAAGUAUACGCUUAACAACCUACUCGUUCUUUCUAAAUAAAAACAGCUUUUCCACCGAUCCCUGGGUCUGCCAGUGCGUUCGUCAAUCAGCAGUAUUUUCUGUUUUUAAGCAUUAGUUGUAAGGUCGUUGAGAGGUUUGGGGGCCCAGGGGCAAGAAUUAGGAGGCCCCCUACGAGCAAAGCGAGCAUAAAAUUUCAUUUGAUAACGCCCUUUUGAUUAGCUUAAGUACUUUUCUUUUUCUUGCCAUCGUCAGAAAAGUUUUACUCCACUCUCGGCGGCCUUGUUAGUUACUAUCGUUGAUGAUCGAUGGUUCGAAUAUAAACACCUUGAGGUGAAUCGUCCGCCUAAAUCUCAUAUUUCAGUAUUCUGCUUCUCUAAUUUUAAAAAGACUAGUUUAACGCGAUGCUUACGCAUACAUACUUUUGAUAAUUUUGGAUCAUAAAUUCAAGUGCAGUAAAAUUUGCCAAGUCAGACACUGGUUUAUUUCUA